AGCCAAGCAUAGCUAAGCACCUCGGAUCAGAUCAGUAUGAUUAGCAUGUCUUUUCGCUACCUCGUUAGUUCUUUCUCUCUCUUACUUUGCUUUGGGUUUAUCGCAUCUGAUGAGUUCAAUUGUCCUCCCCUCCCUCCCCUGGCUCGUCCAGCUCAGUCAGUCCACGAGCUCAGGCCUCAAGACAUUAAAGUGGUCAUGACACUGGGAGACAGUGUAACUGCUGCAUUUGCAGCAAUGGGACGACAAGAUGGCAUUAAAGAUUUAUAUGAAUUUAGGGGUAUUUCAUGGUUCAUUGGUGGAGAUCCUAAUGCUCAGACAAUUUUCUCAUUUCUCCGUCAUUAUACUCCCAAUAUAAUAGGUGGCAGUCUGGGAUCGCAUUUUGUCGAGUUGUGCUAUGGUCCAAUUUGCCCUCCUGAUCAGUACAGACCCAAGCAAGAUGUCUUUAAUGCUGCCCAGAGUGGAGCCAUGGUCCCUAACUUAAAGAAACAUGAGUUUACAUAUCUUUAUGAGCAACUGACAUUAAAUCCAUCUGUGAAUAUGAGAGAUGAUUGGAAGCUUCUAUCAAUACUGAUUGGUUUUAAUGAUCUUUGCAUAGGGUGUUCCGGUGAUGUCCCUUAUAUCACAGCUGACGAUUUCGAGACUAAUCUGCGUUCUGUCAUUGAAGAAGUCCGCUCAAAGAUCCCAAAAGUUUUUGUGAAUUUGGUGGAGAUAUUCAAUAUGUCAAUGAUAUAUGAAAAGUCAAAGACAAUGCCUCAUUGUGAGGAUAUUCAUCGACUCCUUCCCAUAGAGUGUUUGUGCGUCUUUUUAGAAGGAAAAAUUGGCGAUGAUACAAGGAGAGACAUUGAUAAUUAUGCUGCUAAAUAUAAUGAAAGAUUGAGGAAGUUAGCUAAAGAAUACAGUGAAAAGAAUUACCAAGAUUUUGCCGUUGUUGUUCAGCCUGGCAUUCGAGAUGGUACUGCUAAAAACACUCCUAUUGACUUUAUGUCUGAUGUUGAUUGUUUUCAUCCAUCUCUCGUGGCCCACCAGGCUUUUGCUAAAGUCAUCUGGAAUAACCUACUUACUCCAGCUGCUCAAAAAACAUCUAAUUUUGAUUUUAAGGCCCCCUUCGUGUGCCCCACUAAUGCCACACUUAUUUAUACAAACUGAUUUUUAGUUUCAGAUUCAAUGUUUAUGUUAAGCUGUUUUGCUGGUUUUUAUGCGUAUGUUUCUAUAUACAUGCAUAUUAUAUAUUAAGAGUUUUGACCGUAAAAGUCAAAACUGAA